AUUUAAGCCAGCACUUUUAAUUUAUUGACUUAAUUUUUGUUUAAUAGUACAAUACUUUAUAUGGAAUAUCUCAAGAUCCAAAUACAAAAGACUAUAUUGUAAUUCAAGCUGAAAAUUGUAAAAAAUGUGAUGAAAAAUAUAUAGAUGUAAUACAUAGUUGGUAUAAUCCAUGUAAAAUUCACCAUCUAAAAAAAAAUUUUACAAACUGGACAAGUAAAAAUGAAACAAUUGAUGAUUUUAUUAAAAAGACACAAUUGAGUAAUGGUUAUUUUAACGAUACAUUUGAAUGGAUACCAUAUACUCAGUUUAAUGAUAUUAAAGAAAUAGGCAAAGGAGGCUUUGCUACAGUUUAUUCAGCAAUAUGGAAGGAUGGUCCAUUAUAUUAUGAUGAUAAUAUAAAGAAGUGGAUAAGAAAACCUGGAGCAAAUAAAAAAGUUGCCUUGAAAUGUAUGCGUAACUCACAAAAUAUCACUGAACAAUUUUUACGUGAGGCUAAAGUACAUUCAAAGAAAACUUCUAUUUAUAUUCUAAGUAUAUAUGGAAUAUCUCAAAAUCCAGAUUCAAAAGAUUAUAUUAUGGUUCUUGAAUAUGUAGAAGGUGGAGAUUUAAGUAAGUGGAUAAAUAAAAAUUAUGAUAAAUUUAAUUGGUCAUAUAAAUUACUUUCAUUAUGGAAUAUUGUUAGAGGUCUUAAAGAAAUUCAUCAAAAAAAUAUGGUUCACCGUGAUUUUCAUACUGGAAAUAUAUUAAUUAAGAAUGAAUAUUGGCCCUGUAUUGCAGAUAUGGGAUUAUGUGGGAAAGUUGAUGAUAAUUAUGAUAUAGAUGAAAAAGAUGAAAAAAAAGUUUUUGGAGUUUUGCCUUAUGUAGCUCCUGAAGUAGUAUUAAAAGUAGGGAAAUAUACUCAAGCAUCAGAUAUAUAUAGUCUUGGUAUGUUAAUGUAUUUUAUAGCCACUGGGAAACAACCUUUUUACAAUCGUGCACACGAUCAAUAUUUAGCAAUAAGCAUAUGCGGAGGAGUUAGACCUGAAAUAAGUGAGCCAGAAGCACCAAAAUGUUAUAUUGAUUUAAUGAAGAGAUGUUGGGAUGCAAAUCCAGAUCAUAGACCAAAUAUAGAUGAAAUAUUUGAAACAAUGAAGUUACUUAAUGAUUCCAAACAACCGCAAGAAAUUAGAAAUCAAUUGGAAGAAGCAGAAGAAUAUAGAAAAGCAAACCCUUUAUCAAUUGAAGUUAUUCAAUCAAAUACUCAUCCACAAGCUAUUUAUACGUCUCGAUUACUUAACUCCAUUACAAAAGACUUUCCAAUGUAUGAUAAUAUUAAUAAUAUUACGGCAGAAUAUAUUGACUUUACAGCAGAGUAAGUUAUGCUAAAUUUUAAUUACAAUUUUAUCUUUAUUAAUUGAAAUCAUUGUUGAUCUACGGACUAAAAUUACGAAUGAUUGAAAAAUUUUAUAUUGAAAAAAUCGUUUAUUA